AUGGUGAAGUUUGCGUCUUUGUUCGUGCCAUGGUAGCGCAGGCUGCAGACCCUCGUGGUCCUGCAAUGGAUCUUCUCUUUCUUGGUCCUGGCCCAGAUCUGCACUGUGGUCUUCACAGGCCUCCUGUUCACAAGACUCUGGUUAUUUAGUGUCCUGUAUGCAACCUGGUGGUACCUCGACUGAGAGAAGCAACAGCAGGGGGGCAGGCUCAUCUAGAUCCUAAGACACUGGGUCAUAUGGAAGUACAUGAAGGACUAUUUCCCCAUCUUGGUGAGUACUGGGGUUGAACUGCAGCCGGACCCCUCCCGGAACUACUUUGCUGGCUUUCACUCCCUCAGGGUUCUGGCCACCAGAGCCUUUGUCGAUCUGUGCACUGAGAGCACGGGCUUCCCUGAGCUCUUCCCCAGCAUCUGCCCCCACCUGAUGAAGCUGCCCCUGUGGUUCCGGGCUCCUUUCUUCAGGGAUUAGCUCAUGUCAGAGUGGCUGGUCACAUCGGACAAGGAGAGCGCUGCUCACAUUCUGAACAGGAAGGAUGGUGGCAACCUGCUGGGUGUCAUUGUAGGGGGCGUCCAGGAGGCACUCAAUACCAGGCCUGGCACCUGCACACUGCUGCUGCGGAACUGCAAGGGCUUCAUCAGGCUCGCCCUGAUGCAUGGGUAUCCUCUGGUAUCAAUAUUCUCCUUUGGGGAGAAUGGCCUCUUUGACCAAAUCGAGAACUCUCCUGGCUCCUUGUGCCGGAUCCAGAACUGGCUACAGAAAGUCACGAGUGUCUCCCUCCCACUCUUUCAUGGCCGUGGCAUCUUUCAGUACAGCUUUGGUCUUUUACCCCACCUCCAGCCUAUCACCACUGUGGUGGGAAAGCCCAUCCAGGUGGAGAAGAUACCGAAUCCCUCACAGGAGGAGGUAGACAAGCUGCACCAUCACUACAUCAAGGAGCUGUGUAACCUCUUCGAAGCCCACAAGCUCAAGUACAAUGUCCCCAUGGACCAACACUUGGAGUUCUGCGAAGCACCUCCCCAGAGGAGGGGCUGCCCCAAAGGGCAGGGCUAG